AUGAAGGCCUGGAAACUGCAGGAGUGUGUUGCACACUCUCCCGGCGCCGUAACAUGUGUUUGUCUCGGCCGAAAGUCUGGCCGCGUGAUGGCUACCGGUGGAGAGGAUCGGCGAGUAAAAUUAUGGGCAGUUGGCAAGCCUACCUGCAUCCUUAGCCUGACUGGUCACACUUCAUCAGUUGAGGCAACUGAGUUUAGUCAGGAGGAAGAUCGCGUGGCCGCAGGGUCGUUAUCGGGCUCAAUCCGAAUAUGGGAUCUGGAGGAAGUUAAAAUCGUGCGUACCCUGUCUGGCCACACCUCCGGGAUCAGCUCAUUGGAUUUUCAUCCGUUCGGGAAUUUUAUCGCCUCUGGCUCCAUCGAUACGGUGGUUAAGCUGUGGGAUGUAUCUCGAAAAGGAUGCAUUAAUUCCUAUCGAGGGCACACUGGUAGCGUCAAUAUGGUGCGCUUCUCCCCAGAUGGAAAAUGGGUCGUUUCCGGCGGAGAGGAUGGUGUGGUCAAGUUGUGGGACUUAUCCGCUGGUCGUCAACUCGCCGAAUUGACUGGUCACGCGGGUCCUGUUACAGCAGUUGCUUUCCAUCCAACCGUACUGCUACUAGCGACAGCCUCAUCCGACCACACUGUACGCUUGUUCGACUUGGAGAAUUUCUCACAAGUGGCAGUCAGUGGUAUCGAGCUGGCCGCUGCCACCAUCCGACGUAUUGCCUUUCAUACUAGCGGUGUCUGCCUUUAUGUGGCCACUGCGGAUUGUUUGAAGAUCUACGACCACGAGCCAAUGACUUGCAUAGAGUCGGUGCAUGUUGGCUGGCGAGCAGGUGGGGGUCUUGAUGACAUGGCAAUCGCCCCAAGCUUCAAUCAGCUAGUUGGCGCCAGCAUAACAAACUCCAUGCUUAGCACCUACGUGGUCGAUAUCAAAUCAUGUCUCCCGUUUGUAGAGGACCCACAGGCUGAAUGUACAAGCUCGGUCUCGGCGUCCGAUCUGAGAGUAAACAGCAACCCACCUGACUCUGUUUCUCCCACUAUUUCUACAGCGAAUGUGACGGAAGUGUUUCAUUCCACCACCGAGCGCCCCUAUACCCGAUGCGGACCUUCUAAUGGCAACUUAUUGGCACGACAUCGUAAAGGUUUCUGUUUGGAUGCUGAGGAAAAUGCCCACAACACGUUACGAGAGGACUGUACAAAUUCUGAAUAUCAGGUUUCUUUUGCCGAAGAAUCGGGUGAGCCUGCCGACAUAAACGACCCAGAAGAAUACGACCGCAUUUUUAAACCUCGUCGAGCAGUUCCGCGAAGCCCCACUCACUCAGUUGUCAAAGAUACCAGUCGUUUGGUUUUGAACUGUUCACCCUUUACGGCACCCCAGGAAUCUUCCGGGAACACAAUUCAGUCAAAAGUAGAGUUGGUUUCAAACUCCAAUCGGUUACCAUCUGCAGAUGGCACUGCUCACGCCUCCUCACCUAAUUGUAGCAAGUUUAAAUCGAGGCAGUCUGAUGAGCAAUUCGUUCCUCCUGCAUUCCCCUAUGACGUCAAUUCCACUGCUUCGAGAUUAACUCAAGCUAACCGUUCCCCUCCUGUUUCCACCGACGAUUCGCCUACAGCUGAUGAACUGGAAGAUGUUAUGUCAACUUUCGCAAAACACACGGUGGAAUCCCGGCUUGUUUCAGCUAUUCAAGACGCUCGGUCUAUGUCGGAGGCAAAUCUGUCAGAUUCCGAAUUACUGUCUUCGAUUCGGAAACCACACAAUUCUUUCAUGAGCGUUAUGCUUUUCCGCGCUAAAAAUCUCUCCACCGUUCGAAUGCUCUGGACACGAAAUAAUAUUCGCACAGCGGUAGAGACAACUCUCUCCUUCAACGAGCCUGCUAUAUUAGUGGACGUGCUCAACGUUUUGGUCCAGAAUAGCAAGCUUUGGAGCUUGGACUUGGCGAAUCUGCUCCUACCUCAUCUGGCGCUUCUAAUCGGUAGCAAGUAUUCCACACACGUUGAAACUACUUGCCUGGCUGUACACACUAUUCUGAAAAAUUUUGCUCAAACUAUACAUCAGACGUUAGAUGGUUCAGCGCCACCUGGUGUAGAUCUGGUUCGUGAAGAAAGGCAGGCCAAAUGCAGGGACUGUGUGCGCUAUUUGUCGUCCAUACGCUCUGCGCUCGAAACCAAAGAGGUGGCAGCUCGUGCAGGGCAGCGAGGACGCGAACUUAUCGUCCGUUUUCAAUCCAUGUGCUGA